AUGCCGCUGCCACGAUACUCGCUCGACGAUGGGGCAGAUGGAGACGAGGAGACCUUCGAAGAGUCGUACGUCUCCAAUGCGGCCUCGACCUCCCGCCUUCCGGCGGCCAGCGCCGCGGGUGGCUCACGUAGCUUCUCCCAAACACCAUCUGUCUCUGGUCGACGAUCGACCUCGCCCUCACUCUCCGCGUACGACGCCCCCGCAUCGCUCGACAUUGACGCGCUGCUCGGCCCGACCGCCUCGUCGUCGACCAAACCGGCGCUGCGCUCAAAGGCAUCUUCGGGCUGGCCAUAUUCCUCCCGCUCCCCGGUGGCUAGAAUGUCGCCAUUCGAACAGCUGACCCACUUCAUGUCGUCCCAAAAAGCAUCGCCCGAGUUGCUCCCGUUCCCAACAUCGUCCUUCGACGCGCUCAUCUCGCAGAUGGAGCAGCAACAGUCCAUCCUUGAUUCCCUCCUCCACCUUCAACCUUCCUUUGACGACGAAGGGGAGGGAGAGGGGGUGGACGAGGACGAGUAUCUGCGAUUGACACUGGUGCAGGUGGAUCUGGAGCGGUGCAAAUGGUUGCUCAAACAGGUGGUUCGAUGUCGCAUGGAUCUGUUGCAAAAGUAUGCCGGGUUUGUAGCGGGUAGAAGCGGCGAAAGGGACAAGCUGAAUGCUUCCGAGGCGACCUUCGUUCGAGAGUUCUGGCAAUUGAAGAAGGAUCAUUUGCACACGUCCGUGUUGGGUUUCCUCCCGGAGCAGCUGCACGAUCUGUCGCAGGGUCAACAGGAAGAAGGCCUCAGCCAGCAAGAUGCCCAACACCAGAACAACAGCAGCAACAUGGUGCCAGGUCCGGACCUCGACGCGCCCGUCUUUAUUCGAUGUUUGGAGGAUUGCGGUCCGAUCACGCUGCCCGAUGGCGAAGAAGCAACGCUCAGCAUCGAUUCGGUCCACCUGUUGCGGUAUAGGUCGAUACGACAUCUCGUCUACCAGGGAUUCGUGGUGUUGCUUUGA